AUGGUCGACCACCAGCGGAUUGCCAUUGUCUCGGUCUAUGACAAGACCGGGCUUCUGGACUUGGCCAAAGGACUUGUCCAGCACAAUGUUCGCAUUCUCGCUUCCGGCGGCACCGCCAAGAUGAUCCGGGAUUCGGGGUUCCCGGUCGAGGACAUCUCUGCCAUCACCAAGGCUCCUGAGAUGCUUGCUGGCCGCGUCAAGACCCUCCACCCCGCCGUCCACGCCGGUAUACUGGCUCGCAACCUUGCCUCGGACGAGAAGGAUCUCGCCGAGCAGAAUAUUGACAAGGUCGACUAUGUCAUCUGCAAUCUCUAUCCCUUCAAGGAUACCGUUGCGAAGAUCAACGUCACGGUGCCCGAGGCUGUUGAGGAGAUCGAUAUCGGCGGUGUCACUCUCAUUCGCGCGGCUGCCAAGAACCAUUCUCGCGUCACCAUUCUUAGCGAUCCCAAGGACUAUGCCGAGUUCCUGAAGGAGCUUGAGGCCGGAGAGAUCAAGGAGUCGAGCCGAAAGAUGUACGCCCUCAAGGCCUUUGAGCACACUGCCGAUUACGAUGCCGCUAUUUCCGACUUCUUUCGCAAGCAGUAUGCCGAAGGCGUCCAAUAUCUCCCUCUCCGCUACGGCGCCAACCCGCACCAGAAGCCCGCUUCGGCCUACGUCAAGGAUGGCCACCUUCCCUUCAAGGUCCUCUGCGGUGCUCCGGGCUACAUCAAUCUGCUGGACGCCCUCAACAGCUGGCCUCUAGUCAAGGAGCUCAAGAAGGCUCUUGGCAAGCCAGCCGCCGCCAGCUUCAAGCACGUCUCCCCGGCUGGCGCUGCCAUUGGCUUGCCCUUGGACGCCGACGAGCGCAAGGUGUACAUGGUUGAUGACAUUCCGGGCAUUGAGACUUCUGCUCUUGCCCAGGCGUACGCUCGCGCCAGGGGCGCCGACCGCAUGAGCAGCUUCGGCGACAUGAUUGCUCUCAGCGACACCGUCGACGUCGUUACCGCCAGUAUCAUCUCCAAGGAGGUCUCUGACGGUGUUAUUGCCCCCGGAUACGAGCCUGCUGCUCUGGAGAUACUCAAGAAGAAGAAGGGUGGCAAGUAUCUGGUCCUUCAGAUGGAUCCCGAGUACGAGCCCGGUAAGACCGAGACCAGGACCGUCUAUGGCAUCAACCUCAACCAGGGCCGCAACGACGUUGAGAUCUCUCCCGAGUCUUUCAAGAACAUCAUCACGCCCAAGAACUCGGGCCCGCUCUCCGAGAGCGCCCUGCGUGACCUGACUGUCGCCACCAUUGCCAUCAAGUAUACCCAGAGCAACUCCGUGUGCUAUGCCACCCGGGGCCAGGUGGUGGGACUUGGUGCUGGUCAGCAGUCCAGGAUUCACUGCACCAGGUUGGCCGGCGACAAGGCCGACACCUGGUGGCUCCGUUUCCACCCGCGCGUCUUGGGUAUCAAGUGGAAGAAGGGUACCAAGCGUCCCGACAAGAGCAACAACAUCGACUUGCUCGUCAGCGGCGAGCUGCCCAAGUCUGGCCCGGAGCGCGAGACCUUUGAGGCCGCGUUUGAGGAGGUCCCGGCUGCCUUCACCGAGGAGGAGAAGAACGAGUGGAUGGCCAAGCUGACCGACGUUGUCGUGUCGAGCGAUGCUUUCUUCCCCUUUACCGACAACGUUUACCGCGCCGCCCGCUCCGGCGUCAAGUACAUCGCCGCCCCCGGCGGAAGCCAGAACGACGGUCCCGUCUUCGAGACCGCCGAGAAGUUGGGUAUCACCUUUGUGGAGCAGAAAAUUCGUCUCUUCCACCACUAG